AGGAAGAUAAAAGGAGAUAAUUGAGUUGUGGGUAGUGGCAACAGACAAGGUGACUAUUCAGGUUACAGAGAAGGCAUUGUAUGUACUGAGCUUGGGCACACCCAAGAUUAAAAUUUGUUUUUGAAAUGUAUGUGAGAUUCUUUCCUUUUAAUGUACCAUAAAGCACCAGUUCCCCAGUACACAGAAGAGAUCUUCAAUUGGCAAACAGGAGGAAAUCUGCAGAUGCUGGAAAUCCAAGCAACACACACAAAACGCUGGAGACAGCAGGCCCGCCCAGGCAGCAUCUAUAGAAACGAGUUAACAGUCGGACGUUUAGGCCAAGACCCGACAUGAUGAAGAAUUUCAGCCCAAAACGUCGACUGUUUACUCUUUUCCAUAGAUGCUUCCUGGCCUGUUGAGUUCCUCCAGCAUUUUGUAUGUGUGUUAUUAAAUGGCAAUUGUGAUCAGUUGUUGCUUCUGAACUCAUGUGAAAUAUGGUACCCAGUAUAUGCCAUUCCCAAUAAAUAGUACUCAACACAUUCCUAAUGUAAGGAACCCUCAGUUGAAUCUCAGGGCGCAUAACACUCAGAAUAAGUAUCCCAGUAUCUGACCCCCAUAGGACAUUCCCAAGACAGCACUUCCAAGGAAACUCUCAAUGCAAUGCAUUCCCGGCUUAGCAGCUGUAUUUUAAGGACCAUUGAGAAGUAGUUCAAGGAAAGAAUUCCCGCUUUAGGUUCCUGUGAUUUACAAGCUGGAAGCAGAGUUUUAGAAUAGCCCGGCUGCGGAGCCUAAAAUAACCCUGGCAGCCGUCUAUCACCGAGACCCCAAACAUAAAGUUUCCACGGGGUCAUUCCUUUUUGCACAGAUACCGCCCAACCCGCUGAAGUUCCAGCAAUCCACUUCAAGCUCUGAUUUUCAGAAGCCAUUUCCUUUCAAUGCUUUGUCCUCAAGCUGCGCGCGUUAGAAAGUCAACUGUCCAUAUCCUUGAGUCUCCUUAACAAACCAGUCAAUGCAAAUACAGACGAGUUUUGAAGAACGAUCUCUCUGGAGCAACAGCCUGCUGUUGGAACUCUGCUGGUCGAUGGUGGGGGGAGGAGGGCACGCUCGAUAUUUCGGAUCAAAACCAUGCAUCAGGACUUUCUGACCUGAAAAGUGAACAGUUCUUCCUCCCACCACCCAGAGAUGCUGCUCAACACGCUUGAGUUCCUCUGGCAUUUGUUGCUGCAGAUCCAGAUCUCUUGGUGUCUCCAAACUUUCUCUAUCUCCGUUCUUUCGUGAGUGUGUGUGGGGUGUUGGGGGGGGGGGGUCCGCGUCGGCACUGAACCCUCAAACUAGACAGAGGUGCCAAAUCUGUGGCGUUUAUGGAGCGGGAUUUAAAGCACCAGGCUGGAGCAAGAUAAAAGGACCACUAUGCAGCGACCCUAUCGGUGAGAAGUUUACUUCCAACGGAGAUCCCCCGCCUAUCUUGGCUCCGGUGGCUGGAUCCGCGACGCCGUACUCGCCGCUUUAGCCCCGGCUAAUUGAAAGCGAAUGCAACUCGCAGCAGCGAAUGCCAUUGGUGGGUUGGUCCUCUCUCCCUCCCUCUUACCCCACAACCCGAGCAACAGGGGAGCCGGGAGAGUGCGCUCAGCCUUGCUACAUGGAGAGAGGCGUUUCCAGCGCCGCCGCUCUCAGCGAAUUCAACGCCAAGCCUGCCCGUCUCUCUUCCCCACAGAGCAGCCCGACCAUGAUCGCCCAGACUCACCCCGUGCUGUCAAUCCUCUUCUUCGCCCUGACUUUCAAGACACUGCGAAUCUUCUUCCUGCGGGCGCGGACCUUCUCCCUCCCGCCGCAACAAGUCAAGGAGAACAAGACCAGGUCCUGGAGGUGGACCAAUCUCAACGUCUCCCUUGUUCACUCGGCGAUCACGGGACCGUGGGCUUUGUUAUGUGUUUACAACGCUCCUGAAAUGUUAACUGAAAUUUUUUCGUUCCAAAGUUCCUUUUCAUAUUCGCUUGUCUGUGUUUCCACAGGUUAUUUCAUCCAAGAUGUGGCUGAUAUUAUCAUGAAUGGACAGUCUAGAGCUUCCUGGGAGUUCCUGUUACACCAUAUGUUGGUGAUUUCCACUUUCCUCUACAUAGUGCUGACCCAACGCUAUGUUGCUGGAGCUGUUAUUGCAUUGUUCGUUGAGGUGAACAGUAUUUUCCUCCAUGCUCGACUGCUCCUAAAGCUGGCGAAUGCACAGACCUCUCAGCUAUACUACUAUAACAAGUACAUCAAUGUUUUCACCUAUGUUGUGUUUCGACUGUCUACCCAGUUUUACCUCACAUGGUUUAUGAUAAAGAAUUUAGGUGUCCUCCCGCACGCGGGCUACAUCUCUCUGUCCUUGAAUGCGAUGAACAUCAUGAUCCUGAUUUACUUCUAUCGCCUGAUCCGUGCAGAUUUCGUUCGUAAACCGAAGCACUGCUUACAGAAUGGAAAUAAUAACACAAAGUUUGUGGAUGAUUAAAAGACCCAAGCAUUCCAACUCAAUGGUGCGCAGCAAAAACAGAAUCAUUGAAUUAAUUUAAGGCUGAACUAAGUACUGGAGCAGAAUAACUUACAUUUUAACAUUGGUGUUUGUUCAAGAUUGCAUUUUUCAUGUAAUGUACUUGAAGGGAAUGUUUCUUAUGGCUGCAGCCAAAAAGGAAAAAUUAACACAGCCAGUGAGACUACUGUAUGUAUUAUUCUUCAUUAGCCAACGUGGCUAGAUUGGGUUAAAAAAUGUUGUGCUUUAAUUGUUAGGCUAAAGGUUGUGUGAAUGUUUUCUUAUACUUCACAGUAAUGUCAGGAAAUUAUAAGAGUGCAAUAAUGCAGUUAUGGAGAUGUCGCGGUGUUCCCCUGAAAAUUAGACAACUUGAUCUGGUAAAUAGAUGACCAUUCUAAAUGAGAAAGGUUCACAUCUGGUACCCAGUCUAUUAACCAAUGUCUGCUGUGAUGUUAGGGGACUCUUUGUUGCUCUCCUGCUUUAUGGCAGCAAAGAAAUGCUAAUAAUUGCUCUACAGAAAUGCUGUAUUGUUGUGUCAGGUGUACGGUAGAUUUGGCCUGAUUGCAGUACACUGUGCAGCAGCUAAUAUGCCAACAGUGUAACCUGUAUUACUACAGUUGUGGAUGCUGGCUAGCAUGUCAUUGACAAGGGAGGAGCUUAGCUUUGCUCCAAUGAUACUUGUCAAUUUUCAGACUUGUCAGGUUUCUGGCUGAACUCUGCAGGGAUUCUGCCCAGAACAGAUGUUGGAAUUGCAAACAGCAGGAUCAUGGAAGAUUGUUGCAAUGUUGUCAGCAAGCUUCAUGCUGACAUAAGAAAACUUUUCAUUAAAAGUUAAUUUUAAAAUUAGGCUUUGAGAAGCAUCUUUGUGGAAGUAACUGAAUUGACAUUGGCUGCAAAGUUCUUAUUCUUCAGCAUUAAAAAAAGCCCUGUGCCAUCUACUGAAAUAUUGGCUGGAAUGACAAAAAAAAAUGUCCUUCCAUUCUGGGCUGUGAGCGCUGCAAAUGAUGGGAAAUCCGGUGAAGGAUUUAGUCAUACCUAUCUCUGGUAUAUAACAGUUCAAAAUAUGUCUUCCAGCAGGAAAUGGUUAGGAGAGACAGUCAUGAAUUAACUGAAGUUUCCAACCCAUUUCUCUGGAGUUAGACAAAACCCCCAAUGUAACUAUAGCAAAAGAAUCAUCUUAUGAUCCAUGUUUUCACUUAAAUUUUGAUUUAGGAGAGGUGCUGCAGACAUCUGGCAUAUUUGCUAAUGUAAUGCCUUUAAUUAUGUCACAGUGGUUUGCUGUCCUUGUGCAGAGGACUUCAUAACAUCUAAUUUGUAUUAAGUGCUUUUGGUGUCGAUGGCACUAAUAUACUUGCUUUUAACAUUGAUAAAAUGCAUAUUUGUAUUUGCAUUUUUAAUUUGCAUUAUAUGGAGGAAUUGUCUUGUAGGGCACCAGGAUAUUUAGCCGGAUUAUGGUAUUAAUUUAACAAAAGGCUACAGGCCAAUAUCUAUUCAAAUGGAAACAUGUGAUGUGUAAUUUCCGACCCUGUGGUUUUUUUAAAGCCUUUUUCUGGUAUGUUGCAAGCUGAUUAAGAAAGUUUUUUUUUACUUGCUAUUGAGAACUCCUAAUGCAGUAAGGUGCAAUAUCAUAAGAAGUACAAUUCCACUGUUCCAAAAUCACUGAAUAUUGGGAGAAAAAAAAAACAUACGGGCAGAGUUUAUAUUUUGCAGAUCCCAAGCUAUGCAGACACAUAUAUGCUGUAAUGUCAAUAGACCCACCCCAACCUUCCACACUCCUCUGAAAUGACCAUCACUCCUUCCCACUUUGAUCCCAGCUCUAAUCCCUCCUUAUCCUUCACCAUUCCUUCUGACAUUCCCCUCUCUGAGGCGGAACGUCCUGUUCUCAGCAAGGGCCUUAUCUUUGUCCCCCUCCACCUGCACCUCAGUGAGUUCAUCACCCACCACGAUGCUGAGCUCUACUUCCAUUGACUCUGUCUCUGAGACCACUUCUUGGUUCCCCACCUUGUACUGAUGAUCCCUUCCUCCCAUCUCCAACCCUCCUGGACAAUCUUCUUGGAACACUGCUCUGGACCUAUUCAUCUCAAUUGCUGAUGAAACACCAACCAACUCAACUUCAGCACUCCUCACCUCUUCUCGAACCGUACCCCCUCUGAAUGCCCUCCACUCUCUUUGCAUCAAUCCCAGCCUUGCCAUCAAACCUGCAGUCAAAGGGGGUGCUGUUGUAGUGUGGCGGAUUGGCCUCUACCUUGCUCUACCAGGCAACAGUGCUCAGACACCUCCUCUUACCACUCUUGACCAUCAGAAAACUGUCUCCUACACCAUCACUAACCUCAUCGACUCUGGAGAUCUCUCAGCUACUGCCACCAAACUCAUACUUCCCUUACCCCACACAUUUCUACUCCAACCCAAGAUCCGCAAACUUGACUGUCCAGGUAGGUCCACUGUCCAUGUAGGGCUUGCUGCUGCCCCACUGAACUCAUGUCCACGUACCUCAACUCUACUCUAUCCCCCUUGGUUUAGUUCCCUCCUACCUACAUCAGCAACACUUUGCAUGCUCUUCAUCUCUUCAACAACUUUCAAUUCCCUGGACCUGACCAUUUCAUUUUCACCAUGCAUGUCCAGCUCCACCCUCCACAUCUUGCUGAACUGAUCCUCACCCUCAACAAUUUCUCCUUUAGCUUCUCCCUCUUUCUCCAGACUUAAGGGGUUGCCAUGGGCACCUGUAUGAGCUAUGCCUGUCUCUUCACUGGCUAUGUAGAACAGUCCAUGUUCCAAGCCUUCACUGGUAAUGGUACCCAACUCUUCCUGCACUACAUGGAUGACUGCAUUGGUGCUCCUUCAUGCACCCAUGCUGAGCUCAUCAACUUCCACCCUGCCCUUUAAUUCACUUUGUCUAUUUCUGACACGUCCCUCCACUUUCUCUGUCUCCAUCUCUGGAGACAAACUGUCCUACUGACAUCUUUUAUAAACCUACUGAUUCCCACAGUUGUCUAGACUAGAAUUCCAAAUCUGUAUCCUAUAGUUCCAUUGUCUCUGCCACAUCUGUUCCCUGGAUGAGGUUUUCCUGUCCAGACAUCAGAGAUGUCCUUCUUCAAAGAAUGAGGUUUCCCUUCCUCCACCACUGAUACUGCCCUCACCUACAUCUUCUCCAUUUCCCAGACAUAUGCAUUCACUGCAUCCUCCUGCCUCCUUAACAGACAUAAAAUUCACCUUGUCAUCAUCUACCACCCCAUGAAACUUCCCAUCCAAACCAUCAUUCUCCACAACAUCUGCCAUUUUCAACAAGAUCAUGCCACCAAACACAUCUUUACCUCACCCUGCUCCCCCCCCCCCCCCAAGGAUCACUCCGUCCAUGAUUCCUUUUCUGUUUGUCUCUUCGCACUACUCUCCCUCCUGGCACAUAUCCCUGCAAGCGACAGAUAUGCUCAGGUUUCCCAUUCACCUCCUCCCUUACUUUUGUUCAGGGCCCCAAACAGUUCUUCCAGGUUAGGCAACACUUCACCUGCGAAUAUGUUGAGGUUAGUUUUUGUACCCAGUGCUCCUCUACGUCAAUGCAAUUUAUGGGAACACUUUCUAAAGCACCUCUGCUCCAUCUGCCAAAAGCAGAAUUCCCCUUUGGCUAACCAUUUUAAUUCCUAUCCCCGUUCUCGUUCCAACAUGUCAGUACAUAGCCUCUUUUGCCAUGAUGACUCUACUCUCAGGGUGGAGGAGCAACACCUUAUAUUCCAUCUGGGUAGCCUCCAACCUGAUGGCACGAACAUUAAUUUCUCCUUCUAGUAAUUUCUCUUUGCCUCCCCUUCUCUCUCUCUUCUAUUCCACACUGGCAUCCUACCGUUUCUCUUUCCCUGCCCCUGGUGCCCUUCUUCUUCCCUUUCUCCUAUGGUGUACUCUUCCCUCCUUUCAGAUUCCUUCUUCUCCAGCCAUUUACCUUUUCCAUGCACCUACCACCUUCUAGCUAUUAUUCUUACCCUCACCCCACCCGCUUUUUUAUUCUGGCAUCUUCCCCCUUCCUUUCUAGUCCUGACAAAGGGUCUCAGCCCAAAAUGGCAACAAUUUAUUCAUCUCCAUAGAUGUUGGCUAACAUGCUGAGUUCCUCCAGCAUUUUGUGUGUGUCAUUCUGGAUUUCCAGCAUCUGCAGAAUCUCUUGUAUUUACUGUAUAUGAUCUGUUGGAAGUGUCGGCAAGAUUGGAUUUCAUCAGCAUUCUCUUGCUGUUCCAAGUUUGUUAAAUGGGAAAUUCUGCCUUACAAGCUAAACAUUCCUGACGACUUGUGGCUGGUAAUGAAAGCCAGAUGGGUAUGGGGAAGAAAUCUGAAUUAACUGUAUGUUGUGUAAUUUGUGCCACUCGGAAGUAGUACCUUGGGAGCUUUGUCUUGGGUGAACACUUACUCUACUACUGCCUGUUUAGCCUCUGGCUGUUUUUAAAAUGUGUUCCAGGUCUCUUAUGAAUUUAUUUCAUUUUAGUAAGAUUAAAUAUAAACAGUCUAACAUUUGAUGCCAAACCACAAUCUCCAAAUGUCAAAGAAAAAUAAUAAUGGGGGAACAAACAAUUUUUGUACGUUACACCCUCUCUGCAUAUAUGGGUAUUCAUGAAACAUUGUUAGAUUCCGUGGUUGGAAGUAUGAUGCUGCUGUCAGAGUUUCCAUUGUUACACUAGGAAACUGACACUAACUCCCCCACUUCCCACAUGUAGUAACAGCAUAGAAAUCAAAGUUGCUGAGAGGCAUAACCUGUUCCUCCAUAGGCUCUGCUGAUGAAAUCUUUGCAAAAAUCUAUUCAAAAUUUUGCAAACAACUUCUGCCUGAAGUUAAAAGUAUGACGAAACUCUUAAUGGCAUACUAAGCUACAAGCUCCCUCCUAACCUUGAAAAUCUAAUUUUAUAUAUGGAGUCUGAUUCUUCAUCAUAAUUAUUUAUAAGUUCAAUGGUUAUUGAAAGUGAGAAGUUUUUUAGCCAAUGUUUCAGAUUCUAUCUUUAAUCUCUUGUAUGUAUACAUCCUGAUCUUUACUUCACUCUUUGAUUGUACAACACCUAAUCCUUUGGGUUGAAAACAUGAUUAGCAAUUUUCAGUAAUCUUGCUGACAGACAGUGAUAUCCCAUGGUUAUAAACGGACAGACUCUUCACUCCAAAUGAUAACUAACACUGACUGAUAAUAAAUGAUUUCUACAUAUCAUUCCACUUGUCACAUUAGGUUGACAAUACUAGAGGUCAAUAUUCAUGACAUUAAAAGUGAUUAAUAAUGGGAUUUAAUUGCUUGUGAUUCCUUCACUAUAUGGUGAAUUGUUUUUAUGAGACCACAUUCACAGUACUGAGUUACACAUUACAAAAAAAAAUUAACUAAAACCAUCAAUCAAAUGAGAUUGUUGUUGUCCUUAACUGGAUAUUAUUCAUUUGAUGAGAAUUGCUGUGUAACAGUUCAAUCUGCUGUGCAAGAGUGAGGUUAAUUUUAUCCACUUUGAUCCAUUUCGAUGUUGUGCAGAUGCUGAGAUAUUAAGGAUAUGACUGUACUGGCGGAAUAUACAGUUAGGUGUUCAUUAAGUUCUUUGGUGCAACUAAUAAGGUAUGUUGCCUUGUAUAAAAGAGACAAAAUGUAAAAUUUUCUAUGUUUUUUCACAAUCUUUGACAAAUAAAAUUGUGUUCUAUAAACUUUAA